UAUGGCCGCUGGCUUGACAGUAAAAAUCUCUGCAUCCUCUCGGUUAUUGUCUGUAAACUUGUCGGCAUGGCGGGUCGCGACAGGAUCGCUCAGCUGCUGCGGCAGCUCGAGAGAGCAGCGUGCAGAUGUCCUGCUCACUCCAACAGCUUCCACCAAGGUGCUGGAGCUGCUGCCUGCACCGUCAGGAAAACUGACUAUGCCUUUGAGAUGGCGAGCUCCAACAUCAGAUAUGGCGAGGGAGUCACCAGGGAGAUCGGCAUGGACCUGCAGAACAUGAGAGCAGGUAAGGUGUGUGUGAUGACGGACAGGAACCUGGCCGGCCUGCCGCCCAUGCGCUCCGUCCUGGAGUCUCUGGUGAGGAGCGGCAUCGAGCACAAAGUCUACGACAACGUGCGGGUGGAGCCCACCGACACCAGCUUUAAAGAGGCCAUCGCCUUCGCCAAGAAGGAGUCCUUUGAUGUUUUCGUGGCGGUGGGUGGCGGCUCGGUGAUUGACACCUGCAAAGCGGCCAAUCUGUACGCCUGCCACCCCGACGCCGACUUCCUGGACUUUGUGAAUGCGCCGAUCGGGAGGGGGAAGCCGAUCACAGGCGCGCUGAAGCCGCUGAUCGCAGUGCCGACGACGGCCGGCACCGGCAGCGAGACCACCGGCGUGGCCAUCUUCGACUUCGAACAUCUGAAGGCCAAAACCGGCAUCGCCAGCCGGGCGAUCAAGCCCACGCUGGGCGUGGUGGACCCGCUGCACACGCUGCACAUGCCGGAGCGCGUGGCGGCCAACAGCGGCUUCGACGUGCUUUGCCACGCCCUGGAGUCCUACACCGCCCUGCCCUACAACAUGAGGAGCCCCUGCCCCCCCAACCCCAUCAACCGGCCCGCCUACCAGGGCAGCAACCCCAUCAGCGACGUGUGGUCCAGGCACGCCCUCAACGUGGUCGCCAAGUACAUGAAACGAGCGGUGCGAGACCCGGAGGACAAGGAGGCUCGGUCCAGCAUGCAUCUGGCCAGCGUGUUCGCCGGCAUCGGCUUCGGAAACGCCGGAGUCCAUCUCUGCCACGGGAUGUCCUACCCCAUCGCUGGAAACGUCAAGACCCACAAGGCCAAGGGCUACAACGUGGACCAUCCUGUGGUGCCUCAUGGCCUCUCUGUGGUCCUCACCUCGCCGGCCGUCUUCAACUUCACUGCCCCGAUGUGUCCAGAGCGCCACCUGGAGGCCGCACAGAUCCUCGGGGCCGAUGUGAGCCGGGCGAAGCGGGAGGACGCCGGCCCGCUGCUGGCCGACACGCUGCGGCGCUUCCUGUACGACCUGGAGGUCGAGGACGGCCUGGAGGCCGUGGGCUACAGCAAGGAGGACGUCCCGGCGCUGGUCAAAGGAACCAUCCCUCAGGAGCGAGUGACCAAACUGUCUCCCAGAGAGCACACAGAGGAGGACCUGAGCCACCUGUUUGAGGCCUCCAUGAAGCUCUACUGAGCCGCACACACACACACACACACACACACACACACACACACACACACACACACACACACACUCCUGUCGCUGUGAGAACACACUUCAGAUCAGGAGGAAACAGCAUGUGACCGCGCUGAAGCUCGUCCUGAUUUUACCCUGAAAUUAGAGGCGGGGAAAUGAUUGACUAAAGUAUCGUAACUCUUCUUCUUUUUUUUUCUUUUUUUUUUUAACAAUUCAAAAAAUAAAAAUCACAGUAAAUCCUAAUAUCAAAUAGCAAUACUAAAAUCACAAUACUUGAAUCGAAUCGGCACCUGAGCAUCGUGACGGUGUCCAAUCAGGACAGAUCGUCCCACGACUGAAAUAUUCCAGAUUUUACUGUAAAUUCCUCCAGAUUAGAAGGUAAGACACUAAAUCCACUCCGUCCACAUUUUAGCUUAUUUUAGCGUUAGCUUUACUCUACGGGAAAAUCUGCACAUGCGCGCACACACACACACACACACACACACAUACAGUUUCUGUGUGUGUGUGUGUGUGUGUGUGUGUGUGUGUAAAUUGUCUAGCUCUCCCCUCAACAUGAGGAGGAACGCUGCGUGUCUGCAGCUCUGCCUGUUUCUCAGAAAUCUAAUCUGGUGCAGAUUAUAAGCUGAGGUUAUGUAAACCAGCUGGGAUCACAGUGAUUUGAGUGGUUUAACCUGCUGAGCAGAAACUGACCUCAGACCUGCUCAGAGUCACUCACACUCUGUCUUCAGAGUCAGAAGUUAACCAUGAGCAGGCACACACACACACACACACACACACACACACACACACACACU